CCCUCAAAACAAACUGGUCUUUAAGAUAAUGAUAUACUGUACUCCCUCAAAACAAACUGGUCUUCCAUUUAAGAUCGUUUUAGUCAGGGUGAGAUAAGCCGAUGCACCAGAAGCUGAAUGUCACAUAACAGUCUUUACCAAUCUGUUCCAUAACUGUGGAGGGCGCUGUGAAAUAAAUUAGUCUAUACAAUACAUUAGAGAAUAUCAUUAGAGGAAUAAAACAUCAAUCAUUCAGCAACUCAGCAAGAACAUUUGGAGUUAACCAUGCAGCGCAUAUAGUGCUUUUCUUAUGUACUGUAGGCUAAUGUUGACAGAUUAAAGUUCAGAGCAGAGAAAAGAGUCAAAACAAAUAUGUAUAUGUUUGAUAAAUCAUUACUCUCAAGCAUUUUAUCAUAACAGGUUCAGGCAUCUAGUUAAUCUCUCUUUCACAUUUGUUUUUAACAUUAGUGAUUAGUCAUCAUUUGAUACCAGAGCAUUUAACCGUAAUGAGAAGGGGCUAGAAACAAAUAUUUUAAGACAAUAUGACUCAUAGGGAUCCGCUCACGUAAAGAUUGACAGACUGUUUUACUAGGGGUGGGGGAGCACAGUGAAGAGAGAGAGACUAGCGAGGGGAUCGCAGAAAAUCAGAGUCUCCCGGAAAUAUCUAGUGUGGCUGAUGAAAAGAGUCUCCCGGAUAUAUCUAGUGUGGCUGAUGAAAAGAGUGUGUUGUGCCAUCAUGGGAUCGCCAAGAUGGAAUUUCUUGUUCUGCUGCUUCUUGUUGGGCAACUUGCAACCAACAAGCGCCAACAAGCCGGUGUUCCAGACGCAGCUUCAAGCAGCCAUCUUUUUACGUUCAAGGCGGGCAAACUCAAUGAUUCUUGAGGAGAUACUCCAGGGGAAUCUAGAGAGAGAGUGCUUUGAGGAGACUUGCUCCAGAGAAGAAGCCAGGGAGUACUUUGAGAAUGAUGCGCAAACGGAAGCCUUCUGGAAUCAACACGUUGAUGGGAAUCAGUGCGAGCCCAACCCUUGUCAGAAUGGAGGAACCUGCACAGACCGCAUAGGGGGCUACAACUGCACCUGCAGUGAGAUGUAUGUGGGCCACAGCUGUGAGAGGGACAUCUCCCAGUGUCCGCUGGACGGCCCAUACGCCUGUGAGCACUUCUGCCAUGUCAACCGCGGCCACGGCUCCUACAGCUGCCACUGCGCUCAAGGUUACACACUACACCCAGACGGGAGGAGCUGCUCGCCGCACGUGAAACAUCCCUGUGGUAAAGUCUCCCUUUUGACAAGCACAGCAGUGCAGAGUGACAAUGAGAUCUGUCCCCAGGGUUACUGCCCGUGGCAGGUCACUCUGGUGGACAGGAGUGGGGAGCCUGUGUGUGGAGGUGUGAUUCUGGGCCCACGUCAAGUGCUGACCACAGCAACCUGCAUGAGUUCAAACACAGACAUAACACACAUUCAUAUUGGUGAGACACCUUUCCUACUCAGUCUCAAGGUACAAGUAGUUACAGAGAUUAACUGUUAGAUUUGAACAUGACCAAUAUACCAUUUUACACAUUCUACAGGUA